GUUGGCCGCUGCGGUAUCGGUUAGCUUAAAGCCGAAACGCUGGUCAUCGUCUCGUUGGUUCAUGCCCUCUCACGGGAUUAGUCAAAUCCCAAAAUAAUACCGUGGGCGAGAAUGAAGUUUGCAUAUAUGAUACAAAUCUCUGUGACAAUACAUGUAAAACUUUCACGUGAUCUAUUAAUUAACUGUGACACUUUAUCGUAGUAUUCAAUUAUUUAUAUGACACUAUUUAUAUGUAUCCAAUUUUCGUUUUAAUACUCAAGCCAAAGUUUCAGUGGAAAUUAAAACCGAAUCAUGUCGAGAAUUUGAAAUCCUUUUUGAUACAAAGUGCAUUGAUUGAAUAAUUGAAUAGCAUUAUUUCUACGAGCCAUCGGUAUAAUCCGUUAACUUAUUCUGCAUUAAAAAUAGUACAAGUUAUCCAAUAACACGAAGUCAGGCAAGAGUGUUUUGACAGUAAACUACAAUUUUACUCUGAGACAGUCGUCCGGUAGAAGUUCGAGAACGAAAUACGGGGUAAAAUAUAGAUUCCGGGUUUAAGUGGUGGGGAUUACGGUCUGUAAGGGCAGGAAUAUUAAAGUUGAGGGUGACGGUUAAAAAAUGAUACAGCUAUGAGUCAAAGAGUGAAAAAUCACAAGUUGGUGAAAUUUCGGCGUAAAAAGCUGGAGGUAGGGUGCCUGUAUCCAAUUUCCAAUACUAAUUAAUUUAGAAUACAACACCGUAAGAAUAUUCAUCAACGAGUUACGAACGAUCUCGUACGGCACAGCGCGUAUUCCUCUGUUUUGAUUUCGAACAGCGGGCCGCGCAGACAGCGAGAGUAGAUUUGAAAAUAACCCAUGGCAGGAGAAGGCCUGUCUAUUAAUAGUGGACCGGAGAGUAUCUUUGUCGCGCGUGCUUCGGCAGCGUCUCCGACGGUUUCGCAGCGAAAUUCGUCAGUGGAUUUACCGUUCCGCGAUACAUUCUUCGCACGUACACGUCGCACGAAACCGCGUAACUCAAUCGGAACACGAUGUUACGCACAAGUUUGUCUCCGUACUCGGCGACCGUCGUUACCUGUUAAACCCGAUGGCGUUGAUGGAUGGGAUCGAAGCAUCGCGAAAUUAGAUACCAGAGCCGGAGGACAGGUUGGAUUAGGAAGAGGACAAAAGCGGAACGGUGACACAGAGUGUGAGAAAUUACUCUAAGAAUCAUUCGGAGGUUGCAUGGGAGAUUGCCCUUUACCAAUAGAGACGAACUGGAAGGAAGUUAAAACUACACAUUCGAGUGAAUCUAAAUAAAGAACUAUGCGAGGCAGUGGAUGAGCAGUGGGGCGGAGCUGGCUGCGAGAGGGAAUAUGCGGUGAGUAAGAAUGGUACAGCGAACCGCAUGCAGCAUCGAGGCGAAUACAUUCCCCAAUGGCGUACGGAUCAGCGACCGCGAAGGAAGAACGUCGGACGUUGCCGCGGCGGAAACGUCCGCAGAGCACGUAGCGCGGAACGUACAAGAGGGACGCGGUAACACGAGGUUCUCGUUAUUCAAGUGGUUCAAACGAUCCGGUAAUCGCGAGUCGACGGUGGACAAGCGACGAAAGACCAUCGACAGAUACGAAGAGGAUGAAACCGGACGGCGGCGGAGCGUAUCGUCGAGCGUGGAGAGUGUAGACACGUUUUACAGUACCACCACUGUUCGCAGUUUCGCGUUUCACACGGGCACGCUCGGCAAAUGCGAUGGACUGUCGUUAGACAUCCUCGAGCAAGCUGCCGAAGUUGGUCCAUUCGCGGCUGGAGCCACAAAGGUCGCAGUUGGCAAUAAAGAGAACGAACCGGUGGAUGUUGCUUCCACGUUGCCUGCGAACGCUCAUUCUCAUCAUAGAGACAUAACUGCCAGAUACUCGCUGCAACCCUCGUCCACGUUUAACUCCUACAGCCACCUAACUGACAGACGACUGUUCGAAUCGUUAAAGAGACUAGACGAUCGUAAAGCUCAUUAUAACGUGAAUUCUGCGCGAAGAAGGGUGCACGUGAAGGGCAAGCGACGAGCACCAAAUCCUCCCGUAACUUCGAUUAAGGCAACCGAGGUAGAUGAUCGCGAAAUACCGAAGAACAGCGGCAGGCGAAAGCGACGCGCACCGAAACCGCCGGAGAGGAACGUUGACGGUGAUUCGUCCGCGAAAAAGUGCGAACCUCAAGUUACCGAUGGCGGAAUGGACGUAGAAGCGCGACAAGAGGACGCGCAAACUCUCAGCAACGACACGCUAAUGCUUCAAGGUGGUGUUCUGUUAUCGAGAAGAGAGCCUAAGCAGAGUGCGAAGGAGAAGAACGCCGCCUCGUCGGACAUCCUUCAGGAUAAUCAGACUGUGAUCCCUAGCAUCGGAACUCUGAGCACAGCCAUGCCACGACCUUGGUACAAACGAAGCGUUUUCGAACAUUCUCGGGAUUCCGGAGCGUCUAGGAAGGGAGACGUUCUACGAGGGCCAACGAGCUCGACGUUUGAAAUGAAAGAAGACUGCAUCCCGGCGAGCGCAGCUCCUUCCACGAAUUAUUCUAUGGACGCGUCUUUGUCUAGAUUGAGUUUCUUUCAUCGCGGUGGACACGCGGAGGACAGGAAGAAGGAUGCGAAACGAAAGUCCGGCUUGUCGAUUCUGACUAACAUCAGCGAACUUGACAAAGAAGCCGCAGCGAUCGUACAAGAGGAACAGGCGCGCGCUAGGGCCUCGAUGCUGUUAAAAACAUCGAGAUUCGUGGACGCGUUCGAAAAAAGAAACGAGAUGAACGAGGAGCUCGUUCAAGACAUCGUCACCUCUGCGAUGGAGAGUUCGUCGCCCAGGCGCGGCACGCGGGCUCUGAUCUCCAAGUUCAACGCCAUUAGCAACAUUACCAAGGUCACGGUAAAUGCAAAUUUCUUCGCGAAGAACGCCAGGGAUCAUCAACCGUCGAAAUUCGAUCGAGAUGUAGUGAGAAACGCGAGAGGCAUUGAUCACACCAGUGAUUGGAAGGAUCAUUCAAAAUUUCCCGUGCAAUCUACCAGCAGGCAAAGUAGUCACAUCGACAAAGAUAUUUCUAGAUAUUUUCCACAACAACAAAACAUAACUAGGAAUAAGCUGGAUAACGCAGACUUGGGGUCUAAAGUUUCGGGAACAAAGAAUAGAGAACAGAACGAUCGAUUGGCUACUGAAACUUCCAACAGAAUAUCAUUUUUGCAAAGCCAACUGGCUGCGAAUCGUAUGAAUGAACGAAUUUCUCAGCGAAACGACGUCGCGUCUGUAACACAAGAGAAGAUUAAAUCAACACAGAAAGUUGGCGAAAGAAAGGAAAGAGAAACCAAAACGAAGAGUGAGUCUCCGCGAGGAUACUUUUCUACUCGUGAUUCUACAGGGAACAAGCAACACGUGACAUCGAAUAUCUUCGAAGAACCGAGAAAGUUGGAUAAGCGACGCUUCGAUGGUGUGCAGAAAGAGUUCUCGGACAUAUUCGACGAGAUCGACAAGCAGUUGCGUAUGAAAGAGUUUAAAUUCAUCGAUCGGGAGUCUGCUCGCGGCAGCAAUGCCGCCACUAAUCAGGGAACUAAAGUUCACGAGGAAGAGGAAGCUGGAAUAUCAAGUAAGGUAACGAAAGUACUCGAUAUCCUUGUAGAGGCGGAGAAAGAUGCGAAGAUAAAGAGCGACGCGCAGCCGGGGAGAUCGAUACUCGUUGCGGAUGCCGGUCGUUCAACCGAUCUGAGAACGAAAUCGGGUAAGACCAGGUCGCCGUUAUUGAACACUAUCGAGGAUCCGAUUACAACGGAUUUGAAGGAGAUGUUGAAGGAAAUGAAACACUCGUUACCAAAGCGUUCGAAGCCAGGGAAAACUAUGACACAUAACAUCGACAUGACGGAGAGACCAGCUGCAGGGAAGGAAACGGCGACCGGUCCUUCCGGCAAGACUACGUAUUUUGUUUCUGCGGUAACGAAAGUUGAGAAUAUCGCUCUGCAGAAUGAUUACGAGCUAGAUAAACAGAAGGUAUCAUGUUCGGUGCAAACGAGCGGAAAUGUACGAAGAUUGAAUCAAACCCCCGCGUCGCGGCCAUCCACCUCGGGAUGGAAGGAGGAGAACGUUUUGUACAAGACGUCCGGGAAAAACUUGGGCGGUUCUGGACUGGUGAAGAAUACGUUUCAGUUGAUACGGCCGAGGGAUUUCGCCGAAAUCGAAGCGACAAAAACGACGAGAACCCACUUGAACGAAAACACUUACGCGAAUGUGAUCGAGCAAUCGAUCUACGCGAACGCUCAUGUUCCACCCUCGCCAAAACAACGUGCCGUUCCUGCAAGAAGUGGCGUUACGAAAAUUGGUAACGUCGAUGAAGUACCGAAAGUUCCUUCGACGAAUGAACAGAAAUUAGACGUUAACGAAGACGUAGUUGGAGACAGCGAAGAAGAUGAUAGUACAUCGGGUAAGAACAUGAAUACGCUCGCCAUAAACCGAUUACUUAGAAAGUUAGAAGCGGCAAUUGCAUCGGGCCACCAUCAACAAGCGGCAGGUUUAGCCAAGGAGCUAGCACGGCUUAAGAUCCAUUGUUCCGUGAUUCGACAACGAUCAGCUCGUCUCAAAGAUCAGUUGAUUAAAGUCAAUAUGUACAUUGAAGACAAGCUUGCUCACCAGGGACCGAUACCACUCCAGCUACCGAGUAGGAUGACAGUGGCCGAGUUGAAGGCGAAAAUACACACGGAAUUCGAGAUACCGACAAACGUGCAACGAUGGAUCAUUGGUAAAAAUUUGGCCGAUCGCGACGACGCGACUCUUAAUGAAUUACAGGCUGUAAAUGGAUCUCCAAUAUUUUUGUACCUCGUGGCACCAGAACUAAGAUCUAAAAAUGCGGUACAAGUGGAAAAAGAUGAAGAGAUAGAAGAAGCACCGAGCGUAAUAAACGAUGAUGCCAGUUCAUCAACGAAAGUAUUACAAAUCGUUGAAGAAGAUCAUGAAGAAGUCGAAGAACCUCAGGAGGCAGAUGAGAGAAACAUACCAGAAGAGGUGAAGAUGGACAGAUACGAGGAAUUAAUUUCAUUAGAAAAUUGCGAUGUUAUACCAAACUCCGAGCCGAUAGAAUGUCCCGUAUGCUUCGUUACAUACGGUCCUCGUGAAGGAGUAAUUUUGAGAGAUUGCUUACAUAUGUUCUGCAGGUCAUGUAUUGCUAAUACAAUUCGAUACUGCGAAGAACCCGAAGUAAAAUGUCCUUAUAGAGAUUCAGAAUACACCUGUGAAUCAACUCUCCAAGAGCGUGAAAUUAAAGCACUUGUCGAACCAGAGGUUUAUCAGCAACAUUUAGCGAAAUCAAUCGCUCAAGCGGAGAAUAAUGCUGGGAACAACGCGUUCCAUUGUAAAACUCCCGAUUGUCCCGGUUGGUGUAUUUACGACGAUGAUGUGAACAAUUUCCUGUGCCCUGUGUGUGGUAAAAACAAUUGUCUCACUUGUCAGGCCAUACACACUGGCAAGAACUGCAAACAGUAUCAGCAAGAAUUGAGAUUAUCGAAAGAAACAGAUCAAGAAUCACGAAGAACAGCCGAGAUGCUCGAGGAAAUGGUGGAUAGAGGUGAAGCUCUCGCUUGUCCCACGUGUGCAGUUGUCUUGAUGAAAAAAUGGGGUUGCGAUUGGUUGCGUUGUUCGAUGUGCAAAACCGAGAUAUGUUGGGUGACCAGAGGUCCCCGUUGGGGCCCUGGAGGAAAGGGGGACACAUCUGGAGGCUGUAGGUGCGGAGAAAAUGGAGUCAAGUGUCAUCCUCGUUGCAAUUACUGCCACUGAAAGCCGCCAUACGAUACAAUUAUUGCGAGGACGAACAAUGGAAACAAUAGAAACGAGGAAAUGUAGUACAGUUGGUACACACAUCUCGAGGCAAAAUAUUUUUUGUACAAUUAUUAUCGAUCGCACAUGACUGGAUGAGUCACUAGUCAAAUGGCUUGAUACGUAUUUAAUACUGUUUGAUAACCGAUAAAACUGAUAUCGGUAAGAUACAUACGUAUACCUUAUAUACGUUGCUUGCUCAACUGUUAGCCUUAUCGCGGAACCGUCCUUUAAGGAAUUGGAAAUAAUGAGAUAAAACGGCGAAUAUCUCGUUAUUCAAACGAUGGAUCUAAUAAAGGGCACAAGAAAAUAAAUUGUACUUCACUUAAAGCAUCAUGUGCAUUAUGAACUUUUAAUAAAUUAUAGGUACAGAUUGUUUUGCAAUUAUA